GUGGAGAUGAUAAUGGUCGUUCUUUAAAAAGUGCUGAAUUAUUUGAUCCAUCAACGGGAACUUGGACAUAUACUGGAAGUAUGAACGAUGGUCGAUAUCUUCAUACAGCAUUAUUUUUGACAAAUGGAAAUGUAUUAGUGUCUGGUGGAUUAGGCGUUGGUCAGCUAAAUAGUUCUGAAUUGUAUGAUCCAUCGAAAGGAACUUGGACAACUACUGGUAAUAUGAAUCAUGGACGAUUAGGACAUACAGCUUCUUUAUUAUUAAAUGGAAAAGUAUUAGUUACUGGUGGAAUGACUAAUGGUUUUUUAAAUAGUACUGAAUUAUAUGAUCCAUUAACAGGAAUUUGGACAAUUAGUGGACCUAUGAAUCAUAAACGAUAUUAUCACACAGCCUCCGUAUUAAAAGAUGGUAAUGUUUUAGUAGCAGGUGAAUCGGAUACUGUUGUUGAAGGAAGUACUGUUGAAUUAUAUAAUACAUCGACAGGAAUCUGGACAUUUGUGAAUAGUAUGAACUAUGCACGAUAUAUGCACACAGCGUGUGUAUUAUCAUCUGGAAAAGUAUUAGUUAUUGGUGGAUUGGGUGUUGGUUAUUUAAAUAGUACUGAGUUAUACGAUCCAUUAACAAAGAAUUGGACAAUUAUUAGUAAUAUGAACAAUGCACGAUAUUCACACGCAGCAUCUUUAUUAGAUGAUGGACGAAUAUUGGUUACUGGUGGAUCUAAUGGUGAUACUUUAGACAGUGCAGAACUAUAUUAA